UAAAGUAAGUUCAAUAGAAUGCAAUUACCAGGCAUUAAAUUAGUUACAUUUGAUGUAACAAAUACAUUAUUAAGGUUUCACAAACCUCCUUGGGAACAUUAUGCUGCAGUUGCACACUUAUAUGGUUAUAAAGAUAUCAGAAGGAAGCGAAGAAUUAAUAAAAUUAUUAAAACAGUCUGAUAUUACAAUUGGAGUAAUAUCAAAUUUUGAUCCACGUCUUCAUGAAAUACUUUUCAACCUUAAUUUGAAUAAGUAUUUUGAAUUUAUAAUAACUUCAUAUGAGGCUGGAAUUAGUAAGCCAGAUAAAAAAAUAUUUCAAAUUGCUCAAGGAAUAUGUAAGAAAUAUAUUGACUCAUCGCAAUGCCUUCAUAUUGGAGAUGAUAUUACUAAUGAUUACCAUGGUGCUAAAGAAGCUGGAUGGCAUGCUUUACUUGUAACAAAUAAGCUUAAACAUCUAGAAUCACAAGUAUUGGACAAAACAUUUUUAAAUUUAAAAGAGUUGUGUGACAAAAUGGAAAAAAAUGAAAUUAGUUUAUGAUAAUUAAGACUGAAGAUUUUUAUUAAUAAAUAUAUUUAAUUAGCAUUGA